UUCCAAUUUCUUCCUCUUUCCCGUAUGUCACUGAAAUUCUGGAAGCCCGGUACUGCUGAGCCAGGGAGUGCUCUCGACAGGGCAACAGAGGCAGAGGGAAACGUCGUCGGCUCGUCGUCGCAGUACUCUUCUCUCUCGGUCCAGAGCCAACGGGAACGUCUGCCCAUCUUCAAGCACCGCGAAAAGCUGCUUUACUGCGUAGAAAAAUAUGGUGUGACCAUUGUAGUUGGCCAAACGGGAUGCGGCAAGACCACUCGUUGGUGAUCGUUAUCCACGUCCCCCGGAUCUCUUUCUGACGCGUUGUAGAACUACCGCAAUAUCUCUUAGAAGCUGGAUGGGCCGCCCGAGGAAACGUCAUUGCUUGUACUCAGCCACGUCGUGUUGCUGCUACUUCAGUUGCUGGUCGUGUCGCAACUGAAGUAGGGACAGUUCUUGGAGACGAGGUUGGAUAUACAAUACGGUUCGAGGACGUUAGCGACAAGGAGAGAACUCGAAUUUUGUACAUGACCGACGGAAUGUUGUUCCGCGAGACUCUAGUCGACCCUCUGCUUACUCGCUACAGUGUCAUCAUG